AAAGAAGAAAACGGAAGGCGCCUUCUUGACGCGCAUGCGCCGCAUUCUUUAGCCGCAGUAGCUUUUUCCUCUCUAAUAUUUGCACAUUUUUUUCCGCGGACUGAGUAAAACUGUAUGGCCAGAUACAUGAGGCCUCCAAAUACGUCUUUGUUUGUCCGAAACAUCUCUGAUGAGUCCAGGUGAGUCCACGAUCUGACGCGGGAAGCUGCAGAUUAGCUUGUGAUGCUAAUUUACUCAGAUUACGUUAAAUUGACUGAGCUAGCUGCUGCUGUGUUAGCUCGUUAGCUAGAGCUAGCUUAGCCGAGUAACGUGUAACAGAGGAGCUGAAUGUGAGUCUUUAAAACCAGAAUUUAGUCACUGAAUUAAAACAAAAAUGACGAUUUUCACUGAUUUAAACCUCUUUAAGACGAUAGCAGCUAAAUUUGGCUCACUAACAUCUAAAAACGGCGUUUUUAACGACAAUAAAGUUAAUAGUUUUGGUCAAAAUGAACCUUUAUGUGUUUCCUAACAGUAACAGAAAACAUUAAAAAUCCUUUAAAAACGGUGUUUUUUAUAUCUGAAAUGAUGGUGUUUAAAUAAAAAAAGGUUUCCGAACACAAAAACUGUAUCAAAUCUCCUAAUGUGCGGAUUUUAUGUUAGUUUUAUAAAGUCACAUGUGCUCACAAUUUAACCAAAUCUGUAAGUUUCCAUAACCUGAUUAAUUUAAUCGGCUGUGAUUUUGCAUUAAGUUGAACAACGUAUAUACAAGGGCCUGAAAAAGUAGCUUUUCAAUGUUACAUUUUAUUAAAUCCACCUUAAAACCAAACAAAUCAGUUCCUCAUGUUAGAGAGUUAAAAAUCUGUUUAUCAUUUAAAGUAAAAUUGUCAACCAUUUUAAACAGGUACAAACCUCUAAGACACAUUUUUAAAGAUAUAUUAAAAUAAAAAAAAACCUUCAGUGUUCAUGUGCACAUCAAAUCACGAUUUAAAUCACAAUUUAACUAAAUCUUUAAAAGAUUUGAAAAUAAGAUAAAAGAUUAAAAGUUAAACAAAAGGCUGAAAAGACAAGAAGUCGAAAUAAGAUGACGUGGGACUGAUUGCACAAACUGAAACUGCUCAGAUGCUCUCCAGGGUUUGCGAAGCAUGCUGUAUUCUCUUUUCUUCAUGUUAACACAUUAACUGAAAACUUGACCAGCUAUAGUGAUAAAAGUCCAAUCUAAACAUUCUGUGGAAAUCUAACCUGAAGGGCUAAAUAAUGCUGCAUCUGCUCAUGGUUAAGACAUGUAAAUAAGUGUAAAGGAACGUGCAUGUUUGAAGACCUUUUUCACCCCGAAGCACAUCAAAAAUAUUUAAAUACAGAAUUUAAAAAAAGGGAAAGAUAAUGUUUUAAAGGCUGAGAAACAGUUGAUAGUUGGAGAUUUUUUUCAAAAUGUGACGGUUUGAUGGUUAUUACAGCUUUUUCGUUAUAUUAGCUUUUUUGACAGGACUAAUGUUUUCUGGAUUAACGUGUAAAUGAUCUGCAGUCAGUGUUUAGAGAGGUUUUAGGUCCAGUGAACACUAUCAGAUGCCUUAAAGGGAUAUUCCGGCAUAAAAUUAAUUUAGGGUUGAACACACCGUAACACGGAGUUAGACACCCCAUCGAGAGAUGAAUGUUGCCGACCGCUUGCUUCUCUAGUUAUACCAACUUUAGUAACGACCGCAGGAUAGCGAUACAGAGAGCCACGUGCUCAACCAAAACGCCACUCUAUAGCCACAAAUAAUGCUCAGAACAGCACCUAACUUCAUCAACAGGACAUAUAGGGUCCCAGCAGCCGCUUGUUUGUUUGUUGCAAGUCCAUUACGGACUACAGCGGGGUUUCGCAGCUCAAGGAAGAACAUUUAUGAUCAUUUCUUUAUCAUUUCCUCUAAGUAAUAAUCAUCACAUUUAUGAAAUGAUUAUUAAUUGUUCUUCCUUGAGCUGCGAAACCCCACUGUAGUUCGUGAUGGACUGUCCUUCCAGCUGCUGGAAGAGAGUAGGUGAGUUGUGUUUAGUCUCUUUGCUAAAGAAAUUAGUCAAAGUUAAAAAGAUGUUUGGUGUCUAGUACUAUGGCUGGGACUCUAUAUGUCCUGUUGAUGAAGUUAGGUGCUGUUCUGAGCAUUAUUUGUCGGUGUCAGUUUAACUUGUCGGUGUUACAGUGUGUUUGACCAUAACUUAAUUUUACGCUGGAAUAUUCCUUUUAUUGUCCAUUAAAAAAUAAAAGCUGAGAUAUGAUUUGACAGUUCAGAUAAAAUUUCCUCAGCUGUUCUAAACUUUUAAAGAAAUUAAACUGGAGGACUUAGAGAUAUCACCCCCUCAUAUAUAGAGACAUAUUCAGCCUUUAGUUUCUGCAGCAGCAGGUAAGUGUUGUUGUGUUUCGGGGUGAACUCUCUCCCUUAGGCCGUCUCAUGAGCUGCUCUCUCUCUCUCUCGGCUGUUAUUUCUGGUUGAUGAUGUGGGUAGAGUGAUACUCAGAUGAGUCAUACUUGUAUUUACGGUGUUCAGGCCUGAGGAUUUGCGGCGUGAGUUUGGCCGCUAUGGGCCGAUAGUAGAUGUCUACAUCCCACUUGACUUCUAUACACGUCAACCAAGAGGAUUUGCAUACAUUCAAUAUCCUUUCCCAAUGAGUUUGUUUUUGACUGACUGUGCUCUUUCUAACCACUCAUUUUAAUUUCUUUCAGCGAAGAAGACAUGCUUUUUGUUUUUUGAACUUAAUUUGAUUAAAUAUCUAACACACAUAUUUCUCUGUUAUUGCUUCAGAAAAUGUAAAAGCAUCCAGUUGUGGAAACCGGCCACAAAGAGUAACAAAGACCCGUGUAGAAUAGCUGUAAAGACAAGUCACAAAGACCUGCAGGAUCAGAGAGAGGGGAAAGAUUGAAAAGAGAAAGUAAAGCAUGAAGAGGAAAAGGGAACGGAGACAAAGCUCGGAUAUGACGGCAAAGAAUUGGGAAAAGAAAAGAGUUUUAAGAGGAAAAGACAAAGCAGGAAAAACCCCGAGUCUCUGUGGGAGUCGGUUAAAGAGUGUAAAGAUCAAGAUGAAGUCAAAGUCAAGCAAAAGGUAACAAGUCUGAAUUAUUUUGUAUCCUCCCAAGACGAAUCCACAAAUUUGACAACAAAAUCAGCUUUCCCUGUGAUGUCCAUGACAUUUUGAUCUUAAUCAAAGCACUUUAAUCAGCUAUCUGUGUUUGAUUUGUUUUUAUAUUUGUAGUCCUGAUCCCCCAGAACAUAUUUUUGAUGUUUGAAAAGCUUGCUUCAUCUUUUAUCUUUUGACAAAUCAACUGAAUGUGUUUCUUUUGUUGCCUGCUGCACCAUAGUAUGUUCUUUAAUAUAUGUCCUAAUCUCUAAGUGUUUUUUGUAUUUGAAAUCAGGCCACACAAAUUUAAAGAAAGUUUAAAGAAACCCACAUGUGCUAACGUUAACAAUGUGAGCAUCAGAAAAACUCCAUGUGUAAUUGUUCGUCCUUUGCUCACUUGACUUUUUUAAAAGAGAGAAAAAGUAGAAGCUUUAUUUGAGUUUGUGUGGUCGCACCAAACACGAGAGAAAUCAAACCCUUAACCAGCCAGCACAUUCGAGGAUGUGCGAGACGCGGAGGACGCCCUUCACAGCCUGGACAGGAAGUGGGUCUGUGGCCGGCAGAUUGAGAUCCAGUUCGCCCAGGGUGACAGGAAGAGUAAGUGUUUCGUGUUUGUUUUAAAUCAACCACGCCUUCGUAUUAUCACUGCCUUUAAACUCAAACUUCAGGAGAGGUCGGCUGAAACCACCGUUCACACACACAGCCCUGACCUGUCCUGCUAAUGUCCUUCACAAACAUCGACUCUUUAGCGACUUUCACCUUCAGCAUAAAGACCCAAACAUCACUGUUCCCUUCUCUGUUAAAGUCAUAGUUGACGAUCGUAGAAAACUGAGUCGUUGAGGCAGAUCUGACACAAACCUCUCCCCUCUGUGCUCCAUGAUAACUCCCCCCUGAACCUGUAUCACCCUCCCCACGACACACCCCCUCUGGCAGAGCCGGCAGAAGAUCCUACGCUAGCUUCAAAUGGGAUUCACCAUGUCGGAUUGUUAGUGACUAGCCGCAGUAAACGCCAACCAGGACCUUAAACAAAAAGGAGCUUUGAAUUAAGGUGCAGUUUGUCGCCCUUCACACAGACGGGUGAUUAAAAUCUCUAAUUGUCGUCUGUGGCUUUAAUCGUCCCACAUGAGCUUGUUUUUUUUUUCCCUGUUGUGUGUAAUCACCUAUCGAGACGGGAAAAUACACAUCAUUUAACAUUUAAGUUCACAGCUCACUGUUAACAAGUGCAGCAGCAGCUCCGAUACAACACACAUAAACUAACGUGUAUUGAUUUUGAAAGGUUCACUUCCAGUUUACUCUGUGAUUCAGUGAAUGUUUACUACCCGUGAAUUCAGUGACCGUCCCCGACAGAUUAUUGUUUGGUCAUCUUAGCCGGUCAAAGAGGGAAAAACUGGUUCGACUGGAGUUCAAGGUCCAUGUUUUCAUCCGCAGUUAUCAGACCCUGGACCCGUCUUUUUCAUGGUUCUGCCUGUUCUAGUUUUCAUUCAAGACAAAGAAACUGUCUGUUCUCAUCAGCUCCGAACCAAAUGAAAUCAAAGGAGCGGCGAUCUCCAGGCAGAUCCUCUCGAUAUGAUGACUACGAUCGAGACAGCCGACGCAGACGCUCACGCAGCCGCAGCUAUGAACGGUACAGAUCGCGCAGCCCGUCGUAUGAACGUCAUCGUAGAAGAUCCGAGAGUCCUCGAGAGUGAGUUUGUCUUCGAAAAGUGUCUCAUACUUUAUUUGAUGUUUCUUGGCGCGAGAAAAUAACCUCUGACUUUCUUCAGGUCUCGUGGACGAGCGUACAGAAGAGGAAGAAGCAGGAGCCGUGAGGAUGACAGGUUCAUCUUUUUCCCCUGAGAAGAACAAAAAUAUCAAAUUUGACUCGAAUAAAAAUCCGGUUUUAACUUUGGUGUAUCUUCAGGUACAGACAUAGGCCGCGCAGAGAGUCCAGAGGCAGAUCUCGCUCCCGCUCCAAGUCUGCGUCUCCACGAGAAAAUGUCAACCCGGCGUCGACCUCCCAUUACACCGAGGAAGAAGUGCACCAGACUCGCUCCCCGUCCCACUCCAGAUCUCGCUCCGCAUCCAGAUCCCGCUCUCGCUCACGCUCCCGGUCCCGAUCCUGGGCGGGGCGUAAAUCAGGAGGUCGCUGAAAAUAAAAGUAUUUUCCCUGUUUCAUCUGUCAUGAAGUCCGCUGGACCUGGAGUCGAUCUUUGUUCGUUUUGACAUGAAUGUAACGUCCACUGAACCAUCUGUAGAGAGCUUUGUCUUUUUCUGCAGCUCCAUUUUAAGAACCAUGACGAUGGUCCUCUGCUCGGUUUUUUAAGGUUGUUUUGGUGAGAUUUCCCCCGAUAGGAAUAAGAAAUGGUUGAUUUCUGUGUUCAGUGGUAGACGGCAAGGACUUUGUCUUUAAUUUUUAAUUUAACAAAGUUGAUGGCAUUUUUUCCCUCCGGAUCUCUUUGCACCCUUUUUUCAAGAAAAUUAAAACCUUCAGUAUUUGAAAAGCAAUCCAGUCUGUUGACGAAGCAAACCAUCAUUUCUGUGUGUUUUAUCCCCGUUACUGCUUAUCAUACUUUUAAUAAAGCGCUAAUCUUUUUAUAAACAGCCAGAGAACAUUUAUAUCUUUACAUUUUUAACCUUCCUUUAGCCGCAGAUUUUCAUUUAUUUGUAUUUAUUUUAUAUGUACGUUCAUCUCUAAAACCUUAGGAAGUAAUCUGUUAGAGAAUCAUGGGAAUUGCAGGCUGUAAUGUGAUCUGCUUUACUGCUACUUUAAGAAGAAAACGGUUCCAGAGCUCAAGAGAGAAACAAUAAAGCAGAAAUUUGCGUAAAGAAGUAUGUGAGCAGAGAGGUAAAAUUCACAGAAAUGUGGUUUUGGUCCUUUAAAGUGUUAAAAUUCUGUCCACCAGUGACUUUAACCACAAACUGUUAAAAAACCGUUUGAUAAUCUGUUUUUUUUUUUUUUUGUGGUGUUUUCUGUACAAUCUGACCUCUUCAAAAAGAUGUUUUAUUUUUGGAAUAAGUCUCCUUAAUGUUCUGUUCAGAGAGGCAGGGAAGUUUCUUAUCGGUGUUUACGACUGUGUUGAUGGUAUCUCGACCUGAAUUUUGUCACUGCAUGUUUUAUUCUCUUCUAUCUUUAGUAGGAAGAAGCUGUUAUUUUGAGUAAUAAAUGGAUAACAUUCAGUAUACAUAAA